GAUUUGCAAAUAGUUCAUCCUGUUCCGCGCGUUGUCUUUUCACAGUCAGUGAAACAUAAGAGUCAUGAAUAGGCACAGAGAAUUGCUGCGUUAUUUGGUUUGGUUAAUCCAGUCUGGUUUCUGAUCACAUGUGCUUUUCUCGUAUCCAUGUUUCUGAAGAUUUGCACCUCUUUUCUUUUGGAUUUUUCUAGCAUUAACUCUUGUGUUAAUACUGGGUUGUUAGGUAUAUUUAUGUUUUCCGGGAGCUGACAGACUGCUGGAAUAGCUGCAGCAUUUCACAUGUCCAUCCUCAGCGAGGGGCCCAGCUUCUCUGCACGCUACUUGUCAAACUUUAGAAAAGUGUCUGGCCAGAUAAGUUCCAUCCUCGCUGCCUGGGACUCCAGGUUGAAAAUGACAGCUCAGAAUAUCCCUGAGGAAGAGAGAUCCUGUGACAAGGACAUGGAAGAAUUGAUGAAGGAAGGUCCCCACUUUUCCACUCCAGGUGACAGCUGGGACUGCAAGGACCAGGAGGGACGUUUGAGGAAAUCAGUUUUAACUCAGGAGAAGCCAGAAACUCGGGAAGCCAUUUGUGACUAUCCUGGAUUGGGGGAACCUUUCAGUGCAAGCUCAGGCCUUUUACCAGCUCGGAGAAUUCCUACAACAAAUGGUUUCCAUAUGUAUGACUCAGACGUCACAGGUCUGGAUAGUGCCCCAACUAUGCAGAAAACUUGUGCAGCUAAAAAAAGCAGUGACGGUGACUUCAACCAUUCCUUGGAAGUUAUCCAACUUGGGAGAAAUCAAACGAGCGAGAAAUCCUAUAAAUACGCUGAAAAUGUUAACUCUUUCAACCAUUUUACUCCUCUUGGUGAACAAAAAGUAAUGAAGAGAGGGAAGAAACUGUAUGAAGGUAAGGACUUUAGGAACUUCUUUCCCCUUAGUUCAUCUCUUAAUGAAAACAGAAGGAAUCACCCUGGAGAGAAACUGUACAAAUGUACUGAAUGUGACAAGUGCUUCAAACGGAACGCUUCUCUAGUGCUGCAUCACCGAACUCACACCGGAGAGAAACCUUAUACUUGUAACGAGUGUGGAAAAUCCUUCUCCAAGAACUACAACCUGAUAGUGCAUCAAAGAAUUCAUACAGGGGAGAAGCCCUAUAAAUGCAGUAAAUGUGGGAAAGCCUUCAGUGAUGGUUCUGCUCUGACACAGCACCAGAGAAUUCACACCGGGGAGAAACCUUACGAAUGUCUUGAAUGUGGAAAAACUUUCAACCGAAAUUCAUCCUUGAUCUUGCAUCAAAGAACUCACACAGGGGAAAAACCAUAUAGGUGUAAUGAGUGUGGGAAGCCUUUCACGGAUAUCUCCCAUCUCACCGUGCACAUCAGAAUCCAUACUGGAGAGAAACCCUACGAAUGUAGCAAAUGUGGGAAGGCCUUCCGAGAUGGCUCCUACCUCACCCAGCACGAGAGGACUCACACUGGAGAAAAGCCCUUUGAAUGUGUGGAGUGUGGUAAGUCCUUCAACCGUAAUUCUCACCUUAUCGUGCAUCAGAAAAUCCAUUCUGGAGAGAAGCCCUACGAAUGUAAAGAGUGUGGGAAGACCUUCAUUGAGAGUGCUUACCUCAUCAGGCACCAGAGAAUUCAUACUGGCGAGAAACCCUAUGGCUGUAACCAGUGUCAGAAGCUUUUCCGGAACAUUGCUGGCCUCAUCCGACACCAGAGAACUCAUACUGGUGAGAAGCCCUAUGAGUGUAAUCAGUGCGGCAAAGCUUUCAGGGACAGCUCCUGUCUGAGCAAGCACCAGCGGAUUCACACUAAAGAGACCCCGUACCAGUGUCCAGAGUGUGGGAAGUCCUUCAAGCAGAACUCUCACCUUGCGGUACAUCAGAGACUUCACAGCAGGGAGGGCCCCAGCCGAUGUCCUCAGUGCGGGAAGACAUUCCGAAGGAGCUCGUCCCUCAUCCGACAUCAGAGGACACACCCUGGAGAGCAACCCACGGAAACUUAAUGAAACGGCCACACUCAUUGCCUGCUUGUUGUCCAAGAUCUAUGUUAAGAAGGAAUGUCCUCGGGGGAAGCUACCCUCUCGGUAGAACAGCAUUCUCCAGACUAUCCGGAAAACACUGAGUGUGAGACACCCCUUAACCAUACUAAUAAAACUCUGGAUUUGGGGGCUCAUGGAGAGAACAUGGGGCGGUGAUACGGAAAAGGCUUCAGCCCAUGCCUCACAUGGUAGCACAUACACUGGAUUAAAGCCUGUGAAUGGCAGAAGAAACUUCUCUGGAGAUCCCCACUCACUCCUUCAUCAGUGUGUCCCUGCAAGAACCGUGAACACGUUCAGUAAGGAAUCCUCGCGAGGAGCCCCUUGGUGGGGACUGUCGCCUUACUGGACAGAAGCAAACGCUGCCUAAGAUCAGGCGUGGUCAGUGAGAGCAGCUCUUGGCUGGAGCUCUUUCCUGUCUUUUCUGUGUCAGCAGAGACAGCUGACGAGGCGCCACACAACAUUCCACUUGACUCUUUGAAUGUAUUUCUGUGUUCAGGUCCCCUAGGUGCUGAGGACUCACUUCAGGAGGAGAGCGGGACAGGAAAAUUGCUUGUGAGUGAAAAUGACGUUCUCCCUCUUCAGAAAAGACUGAAGUGGAUUCAUACUAAGGUGGAAAGGGCUGCUGCCGAGGAACUCGAUUUGUUGCUUUAUUUGUAUGAAAAAUUAGAGUUAUGUUUGUGUUAACACCUCCCUGCUGUGUGUUGAGGGCCCAUCUAAGUUGUGCCAUACAACCACGUUCAACCGCAAUUACAAAGGGCUUGUUCUCCAGCUGAAAAUGUUUCUCAUGUGGCAGCAACCACCAGGUAGACAAAACCAGUUUUGCUGUUGUUACAGGCAGGUAAAGAAAGGCACACAUCUGGAUGUAGACUGGAAGCUCAUCAUGGAAAAAUAAAUGGUUUUCUUAGCAGACUGGAAUUUUGUAUGAUUUAUUUCUUGAUUAUAAAUCAGACGUUACUAAUGUAAUACCACAUCGUAAUUUAACGUAAAUCACUACAAUAAUUUGGUAAGGAAUAAUAAGGUGCUGCCCAAAGAGGUGGUUUUGGAGAAACCCGGCUUUAUCAUAAAGACUAGAUCAGGUUCAGCCAGCGGCAGACAAAGUGUGAGGGGACUCGCGGCCAAAGUGUCUCUGGAGUCAGAGCAGCCCAGGCCCCAUGGCGUAAAUUUCCUUGUGUUGGGUCUUUUUUUUUCAUGCAUUCAUUUAGUU